AUGGUUGCACCUGUUCCGGUUGACGGAAAAACGUUAGCUCCUGAAAGAACAAAUGGUGGUGAUAUAUAUGCUGCACCGUGUAAAAAGGACUGGUCCUAUUGUAAUGGUGAUUGCUACAGAUUAUUCAUUGCAACAUACAAAAACACGACAUGGCUUGAUGCAAGAAAGAUGUGUUGGUCUUAUGGUGCAGAUUUAGCAAACAGUGAUAAAAAACGUUGCAUAAAGGAAACUUUGAAAGAGACACAACGAGGUGACAUAGAAUCAAAGACGAUCAUCUAUGCAGGCACGAGGCUGAGUUCCACCACGUGUGAAAUACUGGAGGUCCCUCCGGGCAUCUAUUCUACACGAAAGUGUAAUGAUGUCAUAACUGAUCGUUUCACGUGUGUUUCUCUGUCAGAGAGAAGUAUCGACCCCAAGUCUCAUCCUGAGUCAAACAUCUGUACUCGGCAGACCAAAAUUUCACCACAACUCAAACAGAUAUAUUGUAGUCCAAAGGGUGUCGGUACAGCCCGACUCGGAAUGCAAAAUGACACCAGUAACCUGUCUCUAAAUGCAAUCACAUUCCAGUAAUUGAACCAGAGUUAUUUAAGGGGCUUGAAGAUUUACGAGAACUUAGCUUGUCUGGAAAUGAAAUAAAAGAAAUCAUGACUAAUGGAUUUCAGGACCUUGAAAUGCUGAAAACACUUGACUUGUCAAACA